AUGGAGAGAUCAGGUUCAGCUCAGCUAUUAUUUAAUAAAACCAAAUCUGUAGAAUUCACCUAUUGCAAUGAAACUGUCAUCAUCCCAUGCUUUGUUAAUAACGUGGGAGCAGAAAACACUAAAGAAAUGUUUGUAAAGUGGAAAUUUAAAGGAAUUGACAUUUUCAUCUUUAAUGGAACAAACUCCUUUGCCAAGUAUAAUAACUUUACAAGUGCAAGAAUUGCAAUUUCAGAGUUACUAAAAGGAGAUGCCUCUUUGAUGAUGAAUAAGAGUGAUGCCAUCUUGGGAAACUACACUUGUGAAGUAACAGAAUUAACCAGAGAAGGCGAAACAGUCAUAGAACUGAAAUAUCGUGUUGUUUCAUGGUUCUCUCCAAAUGAAAAUAUUCUCAUUGUUAUUUUCCCAAUUUUUGCUAUACUUCUGUUCUGGGGACAGUUUGGUAUUAAAACACUUAAAUAUAAACCCAGUCAUACAGAUGAGAAAACCAUUAUUUCACUUGUUGCUGGACUAGUGGUCACCGCAGUUGUCAUUGUUGGAGCCAUUCUUUUAAUUCCAGGUGAAUAUUCAGUAAAGAAUGCUAUUGGACUUGGUUUAAUUGUAAUUUCUACAGGAAUAUUAAUAUUACUUCAGUACUGUGUGUUUAAGACAGCUUUUGAGAUGACAUCCUUUGCCAUUGCCAUAUUGUUAAUUCAGGUCCUGGGCUAUGUACUUGCUCUGGUUGGACUAAGCCUCUGUGUCUCAGCUUGUAUACCAAUGCAUGGUCCACUUCUGAUUUCAGGUUUGGGUAUCAUGGCUCUAGCACAAUUACUUGGAUUAGUUUAUAUGAAAUUUGUGGCUUCUAAUCAGAAGACUAUACAACCUCCUAGGAAAGCUGUAGAGGAACCCCUUAAUGCAUUUAAAGAAUCAAAAGGGAUGAUGAAUGAUGAAUAACUAAAGUGAAGUGAUGGACUUUGACUUGAAGAAUAGUAAGAUAUAAAAGGAAUACACUCAUGUUUAAGCACCAUGGCCCUGAUGAUUCGCUGUUGGGGAGAAGAAAACAAGAAAAGUAACUGAUUUUCAUACAUGGGAGAAAAUGAAGUCAUUGACCCUUAAAUGAUUGUUACAAUUAAGUUUUUAUUCAAAGCAGCUGUAAUUUAGUUAAUAAAAGAAUUAUGAUCUGUGUUGUGUGCCCAAUUGA